UUAAAGCAGGCCUCUCAAAUGGCAAGAACAGCAGCAGGCUGAAGGACCUGGUCCCUGUCCCUCAGCCCCAGUCAGAGGAGAAGAUGCAGGAGAGGGGCCAAUGGAGCAACAAACUGGAGUUCAUCCUGUCUGUGAUGGGAUCCAUCAUCGGCCUGGGGAACAUGUGGCGCUUUCCUUACCUCUGUUACAAGAACGGAGGAGGUGAGUUCUAAAGGAUGAGCCCAGAGGAGGUCACAGACAUUUAAUUUUGAGUCACAAAGGCAAGCAUGUAUUGAUGUGUUUUGACAGGUCAAUAUUUUAAAUACGGAUUUGUUCUUAAUUGAAAAUAAUAGUUUGCAAAUGAUUUUCUUGACUUAUUCAUUUUAGCUCCUAGUGGAGCAAAGAGCCUCAACUGUGCAUCUCCACCGACCGAUUGCAAAUGGCUAUUUCAAUUUCAGUUUCAAUUUCAGAGGCCUAGCUAUAAAAACAGUGUUGGGUGUAAUUGGGACUCCGGCCUAUUUAGAUCAGGCCAUGGGUUUAGGGAAAUGCUUAUGUAGGUGGUGCUACAUCAGACAUUUCUCUCUGUGGGGUGUAUGGGAUCAGAGGUUAGGGGUCAGAGAAUGUCACAGCUGUUGUUUCCCCUCUGUCCUAAAUAGCCUGUGGUCAAGCAGUUGCCCCUGCAGCGUUUGCCAUGUUCCGGAAAUCCAUCCAUCCAAGCACUCUAAACAUCUUCAGAUCGGCUGACGUCAAAAGUCGACAGACUGCGUCAUUAACUCAGCUUGAAAAUAAAAUAUGUUGACAUUGAUUGAGAUUAAUCACAGACUGAAAUUGUAAUCAUUGAAACCCUAUGGAUGAAACACCUUAUUAUAGUGUCUACAAGAGGUAAUUCAUUCCUUGACAAUCCUAGCCUUGUGGCAUGGGGCAUUAUCUUGCUGAAAAAAUCAAUUUGCAGAUGGAUACACUGUUGCCAUGAAGGGAUGCACCUAAAUGGCAAUGAUGUUCAGAUAUCCUGUGGCAUUUAAAUGUUGCGGCACUUUUAUCAAGGGACCCAAUGUGUGCCAUGAAAACACACCCCACACCAUCAAUGUUGAUACGCGGCAUGAUGGAUGCAUGUACUCGUGGUUUUCUCCAUACUCUAGUCCUCCCAUCAGUGUGAAAUGGCAGGAACGGGGAUUAAUCAGACCAGGCAAUGCUUUUACAAUUCUCCAGUAUCCAGUGUUUUCGUUCUUUAGCCCACUGGAACCACAGUUUCUUGUUUUUUUGCUGAAAGAAGUGGAACUCUGUAAUGUCGUCAGCUGCCAUACCCCAUUCGUGUCAAGGUACGAUGAGUUGUGCAUUCUUUUAUGGGUCUUUGGGCACCACUGUUGUACUUGACUGUCAGUUGACUAACUGUAGCCCGUCUGUUACUCUGCACAAUUCGUGUCAGCCUCCUUUUGUUCUCUUUCAUCAAUGUCCCGUUUUCGACCACUGGCCUGCCAUUGGCUGGAUGUCCUUUGGGUGGUGGACCAUUCUUGAUACACACAGGAAACCCAGCAGCGUUGCAGUUCUUGACACACUCAAACCGGGGUGCCUGGCACCUACUAUCAUACCCCGUUCAAAGGCACUUGAAUCUUUUGUCUUGCUCAUUCACCCUCUGAAUGGCACACACACAAUCCAUGUCUCAAUUGUCUUGAGGCUUAAAAAUCCUUCUUUAACCUGUCUCCUCCCUUUCAUCUACACUGAUUUGAAAUGGAUUUAACAGGUGACAUCAAUAAGGGAUCAUAGCUUUUACCUGGAUUCACCUGGUCAGUCUGUCAUGGAAAGAGCAGGUGUUCCUAAUGUUUUUUGUACACUCAUUGUAUAUUCUUUGUAUGACUCUCUCCAUUUCCCGUCCCCCAGGUGCAUUUCUCAUCCCCUACCUGAUCUUCCUGUUCACCUGUGGCAUACCUGUGUUCUUCCUGGAGACUGCUCUGGGCCAGUACACCAGCGAGGGAGGCAUCACCUGCUGGAGGAAGAUCAGUCCACUGUUUGAGGGUAACCUGCUCUUUCUUAUGGGAGUAUAUCUUCCUUUUAGGCAUUAUACUGUAAAUAAAGUUAUGCCAUACAAUAAGGGUUUGCGUCCGAGCUUUUUACACUUUUUCAUGUAUCACUAUUCUAUGUACUAUGCAAUAAACAAUAUGUACUUAUAUUGUAAUUACAUAGUUACUAACAUGUUUUUACCUGGUUUUAGUGACACUUACUACAAAGUGGGACUUUUGAUUUACUUUCUAUUCAUUCCUCCCUGUCCUUGCUCCAGGUCUUGGCUAUGGCACCCAGAUCAUCGUGGCUCUGCUGAACUCCUACUACAUCGUGGUCCUGGCGUGGGGAAUCUUCUACCUGUCUUUCUCCUUCUCCUGGGAACUCCCUUGGUCCUCCUGCAACAACACCUGGAAUACAAGUGAGACAACAAUAAUAAUGGAAAGGUUAACUAUGUUUUAAAGUGGCUUUGCUGUAUGGAGCGAUAUUACAAAUAAAAAAAGAUUUGAAUUCCAAUAAAAUGUAUGUUGGCACUCCAUAUUACUGCUUUAACACUAGUCGGUGAUUAUGGUGGUAAUGAUGCAAAAUGUACUUUUUUUUUAUCUAAGAAAAUUGCGUGGAGUUUCAGAGGAGGAACUAUUCUGUCAACUACACCCUGCCUGAAAACUCCACAUCCCCCGUCAUUGAAUUCUGGGAGUAAGUAUUCAAAGCAAUUACAUUGUUGGAAGUUACAAUCUAUCUGCAAUAUUAAAGCUGAUCUACUCCAAAAAAAAUUAUAUAAUUUUUUAAAAAUAAAACGCACCUCUCUUUGUUAUUCAACACAUCUCCAUUGAAAUAAGAUUUUUGUCCAGGACUACGCUUAAUCUGUGUCCGGGAAACCGGACCCUGAAGUCUUAAAGCUUUUAUGAUAUUUUAACCUUAUUUGGAGUAGCUGAGGGUCCUUAAAAUCGGAAUAUCUAAACUAGAAUUGUUACUGCACUUCGUCCAUUGUGAUUUCGUUCUGACCCCCUGUGUUAUGUGUUUAUUCAGGAGAAGAGCCUUGAGGCUGUCGUCCGGCAUCGACCACAUGGGCUCUCUGAACUGGGACCUGGCCCUCUGUCUGGCCAUCGCCUGGGUCAUGUGUUACUUCUGCAUCUGGAAAGGGGUCAAAUCCACUGGGAAGGUGGGCUUGUUUCUUUCAAUUCUUCCUGUCUUCGUUUGCUUCACCAGGGUCAUGUUCAUUAGGCAUUAACCCCUUACACUCAUGGGAAUUGGCCUAUAUUGAUAGGGCUAAAUUGAAAUGUUUCUUACUGAAGAAAUAUGAAAAGUAUAUGCAUAACCAUGGUAGCAAUCAAAAGGGAACAGUUUGGGGAUUAUGGGAAAAUUAUUAGACUAAAGCUGAUAACAAAACAGUUAAUCUGACACGAGACUGAAUCCAAACAUUACACUGUUGAUUUUAUGUGCAUUUACUGUACUUUUCGCCACAUUUGUUGAUAACGAAAUAUGAAAAUACUCUGGAUACAUACAGUAACAUAAGAAUAUUCAUGGUGAUUUGGGGUAGGUGCAACAAAAAAAAUACAAGGUUUUGAGUGAUAGGUCUAACUGGUGUCUCCAAGUGGCCACACAACUCUCCAAAGUGUGCACAGUUCCUAUGUAAUUGCAAUACACUUUUAUGACUCAAAGAAGAGUUUUCUACUAUAAGGUGCUUUUUUGAGCUCACCUUGCUGUGCCGUUGAGGAACUAGAUCAAGCAGACUUGUAGUUUUCUUUGGAACUCUCGUGUGGCUCAGUUGGUAGAGCAUGGCACUUGACGUUGGUGGCACCUUAAUUGGGGAGGACGGGCUCGUGGUAAUGGCUGGAGUGGAAUCAGUGGAAUGAUAUCAAACACAUGGUUUCCAUGUGUUUAAUGCCAUUCCAUUUGCUCCGUUCUGGCCAUUUAUUAUGAGCUGUCCUCCCCUCAGCAGCCUCCUGUGGCACCAGGGUUGUGGGUUCUAUUCCCACGGGGGACCAGUACAAACAAAUAUGAAAAUGUUUGCACUCACUACUGUAAGUCGCUCUAUAUAAGAGUGUCUGCUCAAUGACUAAAAUGUAAUGUGAAAUGAACACAGCCCUGCAUCCCCGCCUUUUACACAAUUACUGUUGUUUACGCAUUCCAAAAAUUGUCCAUUAUAAAUCGCAAUCUGGUCAGGUGGGCGUCAUUUGAAAGAGUGUCUAUUGCCAACAUGGCUAGCUAAGUAACAGAUCAGGGUCAUGUUCAUCUUACAAGGCAAUUCGAAGAAGCAGAUUGUAAUUUUCGUGUGCAUAGAAUAGAAUGACGAGUGCAUUCAAAUGCGUGUUCCCCUUCACAUUUCUUCACCAUGUGACAAACCAGCUCAUUCUGUUCAGAACAACCCAUGGUAAGACGCCAUAUUGUCUUGUAACUGUACAUCAAGCAUAGUGAUCAUAAACGUUAACAAUGUAUAUUACAUGGGUUUUAUGAUAUGGAAAUGUGAAGUGCACAUUUGGACUAAUGGGUGAUUGGCUUGCUUGUAUGACAUCAAAGCGGUAUUUAUUCUAAUCUCUAACGUCUCAUCUUUCGAAAUACGUCGAGUCCUCUUAAUUUACAGCAUUUCCCUCAGACAACAAAAAAAAAAAAUUCUCACUCAGACAACAAAAAAGUUGCAAAAGUUGCCCAACUAGUAGGAGGGAUGGGGCAACUUCUUGUCCCGCGUGGUUUUGAACCGCUUUCAGUCAAAACCAAUACUGGGCUGUAAAGCGGAGACCUUGAGCUCUGACGUAAUGUAUAGCAUGUUACUGUACAGCCACUGCGUUCCAAUUUAGGCGCUUAUCAGUGUCCAAAUCUUCUAUUUUGAACCUGUAUACGGGUACGAGUGUAAAGAGUUACACAGAAGAAGCAGGGUGAAACAAAGAGGGACUACCUGGACUUGUUCAAUAAGAAACACUAAUUUCUUCCAAUGAAUAAAAUAAAACGUGUUUUCCCUUAAUGAACAUGAGCCUGAUCUGUUGGAUCACCGAACUUUUCAAUAUGAUUCCAUCCAAUCUAUAGGUGGUGUACUUCACAGCUACCUUCCCCUACCUGAUGCUGAUAGUUCUGCUGAUUCGAGGAGUCACUUUACCUGGAGCGGACCUAGGGAUCAAGUUCUACCUAUACCCUGACCUGUCAAGACUAGCAGACCCUCAGGUAUGUACCACAACAACAAUAAUAACCCCUGGCCCAUGCUGUUACAUAAUAGAAACCCUGUUGACUGAACCACACACUCACACUCGCAUCAGGUAGCUUAUUGUUGUGGAAGCAAUGGUAUGCCUGGCUGAAAUUACAUUUUAUACUCAGAAUAGCAAACAAACAGUCUACUUUCAGCAUUUUACGGUGACGUGACUAUCAGAACAUAAUUAUGUUUGGGACUGGCAUGAUUUCAAAUAAAUUCUCUGUAAUAGUUAUCUCAAUAUUACCCAAAGUCUUCCCAGACUGGGGAAUUUGAAGUUCCUUAGGUGAAGGUCCUCCAGGUGUGGGUGUAGAUAUCCCAGGGUUCCCUGCUAGCUGGAAUGCUAUUUUUUGCUCAGUCCAUCUGUGUUCCAUGAAAAAGUCUGUAGCAGGCUGUGAGUGGUGGGGUUGCACGGAGGGGCAGGACACUGCAGUGAAGGUAAACACUGACCUCCAGGACCCUCCGGCUGCUAGACUCCCCCUCAGAGUCUCAGGGCUCAGCCCUCAACUGGCUUAGCCUGGUCUGGACCAAAGCCCGGUCUUUUCAGGUUCAGCAUCAAAGUGCUGUUCUCCACAUGGUGGGCUGGGAAAUUUGGGAAUUGGAACUCACUGGUGGGCCGCAACAUGGCUGAUGCCAUAGAUUUAGAGUUUGGCAAACUCAGUACCAAAACCAAUUGUGUUUGUCUGCAGGGGGGUUUGAACCAGUGGGAUUGAUGGCAUUGACACCACAGCUUUCGCCUGCCCUUUCUCGAAACCCACCCAUCCACACCCUAGCGGGGGGCAGAUAUUUUGAUUGCAUCAUCAUCCCAGGGCCUUUUGUUGCCCCCAAUCUCACCUCAGAUCUUCAAUGUCUGGUUGGUGAUUGAGAGGUGGGGAUCGUUAAUCAAUGUUUAGACCACAAGACGUUUAACUGACUGGUUGACAAUUCACCUCUGCAGUGUCACUGGUCCACUGAUUAGGUGAACUCAUUAGGGACAGAGAGGAAGAGAAAGGAAAAACAAGCAUGUGAUGUGGUACUCCACAUGAGGCUGCUCUUUAAGUCUCACAUUCUCAAAACACACAUGACUAGAGGUGUGUUUUAUUUAUCCACGUGCAUCGUGUGUUGUACGUUUUCAAGCAUUUGGGACAGAUGUAAACAUUUUUUUAAAUAAAUGUUGGCCCACAGUCAGGAAACCUGCCAAAACAAAAACAGGUGACUCUCGAUUACUUUUUAAAAGGAGGUUUGUAUUUAUUCAUGAGCUUAGGCAUGAUCCAAUAGCAUCCCUAGAUGACACACCUUUGUAUUUAUUAGUCCAUUUUCUUCUACAGUAGUUGCUUGACUGUCCUCUGUUUGUGUACCCCCCACCUCUCUCUGUAUGACAGGUAUGGAUGGAUGCAGGCACCCAGAUCUUCUUCUCCUAUGCCAUCUGUCUAGGCUCCCUCAUAGCAUUGGGGAGUUACAACAAGUACAACAACAACUGCUACAAGUACGCUAAAGAUGCAUUAAACACACUUACCAAACAUGCAAUCACUCACACACACUGUUAAUUAAGCUUCUGUUAAUUAAACUCUCCUUAAAUCUUCAUAUUUUUGGUGUCUUGUAUUGCAGAGACUGCCUGGCCCUGUGCUUCCUGAACAGUGGGACAAGCUUUGUGGCAGGCUUUGCCAUUUUCUCCAUCCUGGGUUUCAUGGCUUAUGAACAGGAUGUCCCCAUCUCAGAGGUAGCAGAGUCUGGUGAGUGUGUGUGUGUGUGUGUUAACUUCAAUAAUUUGUUCAAAUGCAAGUAUAAUGUUAUUUCGCUUUUUAUUUCGCUAUUAUAUAUGAUUCCCUGUUUUCUCUUCAUUAGGUCCUGGUCUGGCCUUCAUUGCGUACCCUCGUGCUGUGGCUAUGAUGCCGUUUUCUUCACUAUGGGCCAUCUUCUUCUUUAUCAUGAUCAUCCUGCUAGGGUUGGACAGUCAAGUAAGGCCUCUUAAGUAAUUUACAAUGUUUAUGAACAUACUGUCAAGCAAAUGGACCCGGUUAAGGAUAGAAUGGACCAUUUCUGUACAACGGGAACUGAGAGGAGAUCCGAGAGCAUCACUAUGUAACCAAACAUUCCUAGCCUAACAUGAUAUCAAAGAUGCUCACUAUUUAUGUUACCAAACAUGCCUAUAACUGAGAUUUGUUAAAAUACCUCUCCCUUUCUCUCCAGUUUGUGUGUGUAGAGAGCUUGACAACGGCCAUGGUGGACAUGUACCCCGAGGUGUUCCGUCGUAAGAACCGCAGGGAGCUCUUUCUGGCUUUAGUGGCCUUCAUCUCCUUCCUCAUGGGCCUGGUCAUGCUGAUGGAGGUAGGCAUCACAUUUGGAAUUAACCCUCAUGGGUUAGUUAGGGGGACAAACCUGCCUGGGGACUGGGUUGGGGAUAAACCCUCAAGGGCUAUUUCAUUGUGUUCUUUAGCUGUAAUAUGCAGACAGACAUAAAGUCUAACUUACCAGGUGGCUGGUCGAGAUCUCAUUCAAAGUAAACAAAAAAUAUCUAUAUUUAGAUUUGAUUUAUUAGCUAGGACAUUUUCAUUUUGUGGAUAGAAACCACUUCAGAGUGGCUAACAACCUUGUUACUGUGGUUCAGGACAGCGUAACACAUUCAUUUAUACACUACAUGACCAAAAGUAUGUGGACACCAGGGGCCUCCCGAGUGGUGCAACGGUCUAAGGCACUGCAUCGCAGUGUUGAGGCGUCACUACUGCCUGGGGGUUCGAUCCCAGGCUGUGUCACAGCCGGCCUUGACCGGAUGUCCCAUAGGGCGGCGCACAAUUGACCCAGCGUUGUCCUGGUUAGGGGAGGGUUUGGCCAGGGGGGAUUUCCUUGGCUCAUUGCACUCUAAUGACUCCUGUGUGGUGGGCCUGGCGCCUGCAAGCUGACUUUGAUCGUCUGUUGAGCGGUGUUUCAUCCGACACAUUGGUGCGGCUGGCUUCCGGGUUAAGCGAGCCGAUGUUAAGAAUCAGCGCAGCUUGGCAGGUCAUGUUUCGGAGGACGCAUGACUCUACCUUCGCCUCUCCCGAGCCCGUUGGGGAGUUGCAGCGUUGAGACAAGAUCGUAACUACCAAUUGGAUAUCACGAAAUUGGGGAGAAAAAGGGGGUAAAUAAAACAACAGAAAAGUAUGUGGACACCUUCUCGUCGAACAUCUCAUUCCAAAAUCAUGGGCAUUAAUAUGGAGUUGGUCCCCCCUUUGCUGCUAUAACAGCCUCCAAUCAUCUGGGUAGGCUUUCCACUAGAUGGUGGAACAUUACUGCGGGGACUUGCUUCCAUUCAGCCACAAGAGCAUUACUGAGGUCGGGCACUGAUGUUGGGGGAUUAGGCCUGGUUUGCCUUCGUCGUUCCAAUUCAUCCCAAAGGUGUUUGAUGGGGUUGAGGUCAGGGCUCUGUGCAGGCCAGGCAAGUUCUUCCACACCGAUCUCGACAAACCAUUUCUGUAUGGACCUCACUUUGUGCACAGGGGGCAUUGUCAUGCUGAAACAGGAAAGGGCCUUCCUCAAACUGUUGCCACAAAGUUGGAAGGCAGAAUCGUCUAGAAUGUCAUUGUAUGUUAUAGUGUUAAGAUUUCCCUUCACUCGAACCAUGAAAAACAGCCUCAGACCAUUAUGCCUCCUCCACCAAACUUUACAGUUGACACUAUGCAUUGGGAGCAGGUAGCGUUCUCCUGGCAUCGGCCAAACCCAGAUUCGUCCGUCGGACUGCCAGAUGGUGAAGCGUGAUUCAUCAUUCCAGAGAACUUGUUUCCACUGCUCCAGAGUCCAAUGGCGGCGAGCUUUACACCACUCCAGCCGACACUUGGCAUUGCGCUUGGUGAACUUAGGCUUGUGUGCGGCUGUUCAGCCAUGGAAACCCAUUUCAUGAAGCUCCCGACAAACAGUUAUUGUGCUGACAUUGUUUCCAGAGGCAGUUUGGAAUUCGGUAGUGAGUGUUGCAACCGAGGACAGACGAUUUUUACGCGCUACGCACUUCAGCAUUCGGCAGUCCUGUUCUGUCAGCUUGUGUGGCCUACCACUUCGCAGCUGAGCCGUUAUUGCUCCUAGACAUUUCCACUUCACAAUAACAGCACUUACAGUUGAUCGGGGCAUCUCUAGCAGGGCAGAAAUUUGAUGAACUAACUUGUUGGAAAGGUGGCAUCUCAUGACUGUGCCAUGUUGAAAGUCACUGAGCUCUUUAGUAAGGCCAUUCCACUGCCAAUGUUUGUCUAUGGAGAUUGCAUGGUCGUGUGCUUGAUUUUAUACACCUGUCAGCAAUGGGUGUGGCUGAAAUAGUCCCCUGUAUCUCAGUUGGUAGAGCAUGGAGCAUGGCGCUUGUAACGCCAGGGUUGUGGGUUCGUUUCCCACAGGGGGCCAGUAUGAAAAUGUAUGCACUCACUAACUGAAAGUCGCUCUGGAUAAGAGCAUCUGCUAAAAUGUAAAUUGUAAAUAGCCGAAUAAUUUUGUAUAUAGAGUGUACAGUGGGGAGAAGAAGUAUUUGAUACACUGCCGAUUUUGCAGGUUUUCCUACUUACAAAGCAUGUAGAGGUCUGUAAAAAUCCAGAAAAUCACAUUCUAUGAUUUUUAAGUAAUUAAUUAGCAUUUUAUUGCAUGAUAUAAGUAUUUGGUACAGAAACCUUUGUUUGCAAUUACAGAGAUCAUACGUUUCCUGUAGGUCUUGACCAGGUUUGCACACACUGCAGCAGGGAUUUUGGCCCACUCCUCCAUACAGACCUUCUCCAGAUCCUUCAGGUUUCGGGGCUGUGGCUGGGCAAUACGGACUUUCAGCUCCCUCCAAAGAUUUUCUAUUGGGUUCAGGUCUGGAGACUGGCUAGGCCACUCCAGGACCUUGAGAUGCUUCUUACGGAGCCACUCCUUAGUUGCCCUGGCUGUGUGUUUCGGGUCGUUGUCAUGCUGGAAGACCCAGCCACGACCCAUCUUCAAUGCUCUUACUGAGGGAAGGAGGUUGUUGGCCAAGAUCUCGCGAUACACGGCCCCAUCCAUCCUCCCCUCAAUACGGUGCAGUCGUCCUGUCCCCUUUGCAGAAAAGCAUCCCCAAAGAAUGAUGUUUCCACCUCCAUGCUUCACGGUUGGGAUGGUGUUCUUGGGGUUGUACUCAUCCUUCUUCUUCCUCCAAACACGGCGAGUGGAGUUUAGACCAAAAAGCUCUAUUUUUGUCUCAUCAGACCACAUGACCUUCUCCCAUUCCUCCUCUGGAUCAUCCAGAUGGUCAUUGGCAAACUUCAGACGGGCCUGGACAUGCGCUGGCUUGAGCAGGGGGACCUUGCGUGCGCUGCAGGAUUUUAAUCCAUGACGGCGUAGUGUGUUACUAAUGGUUUUCUUUGAGACUGUGUUCCCAGCUCUCUUCAGGUCAUUGACCAGGUCCUGCUGUGUAGUUCUGGGCUGAUCCCUCACCUUCCUCAUGAUCAUUGAUGCCCCACGAGGUGAGAUCUUGCAUGGAGCCCCAGACCGAGGGUGAUUGACCGUCAUCUUGAACUUCUUCCAUUUUCUAAUAAUUGCGCCAACAGUUGUUGCCUUCUCACCAAGCUGCUUGCCUAUUGUCCUUUAGCCCAUCCCAGCCUUGUGCAGGUCUACAAUUUUAUCCCUGAUGUCCUUACACAGCUCUCUGGUCUUGGCCAUUGUGGAGAGGUUGGAGUCUGUUUGAUUGAAUGUUUGGACAGGUGUCUUUUAUACAGGUAACGAGUUCAAACAGGUGCAGUUAAUACAGGUAAUGAGUGGAGAACAGGAGGGCUUCUUAAAGAAAAACUAACAGGUCUGUGAGAGCCGGAAAUCUUACUGGUUGGUAGGUGAUCAAAUACUUAUGUCAUGCAAUAAAAUGCAAAUGAAUUACUUAAAAAUCAUACAUUGUGAUUUUCUGGAUUUUAGUUUUAGAUUCCGUCUCUCACAGUUAGUGUACCUAUGAUAAAAAUUACAGACCUCUACAUGCUUUGUAAGUAGGAAAACCUGAAAUCGGCAGUGUAUCAAAUACUUGUUCUCCCCACUGUAUGUAUGCCAGGUGGGUUGUCACUGCAGGCUUUUGAGUUGUUUUCUUGUCUCUCUUCAGGGUGGGAUGUAUGUGUUCCAGCUGAUGGACUACUAUGCUGCUAGUGGCAUGUGUCUUCUCUUCAUGGCCAUCUUUGAGACGGUCUCCAUCGCAUGGGUCUAUGGUAAGUUAGAAUCCAAUAAAAUAAUAACCUGAUGGAACCUUCAAAAGAUCUUUACACCAUAUCAAUCCCCCAAAGACAGAACUGUCAUUGGUUUAAUCUGGAGUUUAUGCCAGAGUACAGUGCAUUCGGAAAGUAUUCAGACCACUUCACCUUUUCCACAAAAACUGUUUUUUUGAAAUGUUUGUUAAUUUAUAAAAAAUAAAAUAAAUAAAUACCUUAUUUACAUAAGUAUUCAGACCCUUUGCUAUGAGACUAGAAAUUGAGCUCAGGUGCAUCCUGUUUCCAUUGAUAAUCCUUGAGAUGUUUCUGCAACUUGAUUGGAGUCCACCUGUGGUAAAUUCAAUUGAGUGGGCAUGAUUUGGAAAGGCACACACCUGUCUAUAUACAGUCCCACAGUUGACAGUGUAUGUAAGAACAAAAACCAAGCCAUGAGGUCGAAGGAAUUGUCCGUAGAGCUCCGAGACAGGAUUGUGUCGGAGCACAGAUCUGGGGAUGGGUACCAAAAAAUAUCUGCAGCGUCACGUCUGGAGGAAAACUGGCACCAUCCCUACGGUGAAGCAUGGUGGUGGCAGCAUCAUGCUGUGGAGAUGUUUUUCAGCGGCAGGGACUGGAAGACCAGUCAGGAUCGAAGGAAAGAUGAACGGAGCAAAGUACAGAGAGAUCCUUGAUGAAAACCUGCUCCAGGAAAACCUGCUCAGGACCUCAGACUGGGGCGAAGGUUCACUUUCCAACAGGAAAACAACCCUAAGCACACAGCCAAGACAAUGCAGGAGUGGCUUCGGGACAAGUCUCUGAAUUUCUGUGAGUGGCCCAGUCAGAGCCCGGACUUGAAUCCGAUCUAACAUCACUGGAGAGACCUGAAAAUAGCUGUGCAGCGACGCUCCCCAUCCAACCUGACAGAGCUUGAGAGGAUCUGCAGAGAAGAAUGGGAGAAACUCCCCAAAUACAGGUAUGCCAAGCUUGUAGCAUCAUACCCAAGAAGACCAGAGGCUGUAAUAGCUGGCAAAGGUGCUUCAACAAAGUACUGAGUAAAGGGCCUGAAUACUUAUGUAAAUGUGAUAUUUAUGUUUUUUUAUUUUAUAAUUUACAAAACAUUUGACAAACCUGUUUUUGCUUUGUCAUUAUAGGGUAUUGUGUGUAGAUUGAUGAGAGAGAGAGAAAAAAAGUGUAAUCCAUUUUAGAAGAAGGCUGUAACGUAACAAAAUGUGAAAGUCAAGGGGUCUGAAUACUUUCCAAAUGCGCUGUAUAUUCCUGACCUUUGAUAGUACUGUUCAGAGACUGCUUCAUAGUCCCAAUUGUUGACAUUUAUGUCCACAGCUCUUGUUAUGACCAAACCCAGCAUGGUUAGCCUGUCUCUCUGUUGUAUGUUGUUCCAGGUGUCGACCGCUUCUAUGAUAACAUUGAAGACAUGAUUGGCUACCGUCCAGGACCUUACAUUAAAUACUGCUGGCUGUAUGUCACCCCAGCCACAUGCAUUGUGAGUGACCUACAAAUCCAUUUAAACUCUCGUAUACAGUAUAAAAUGCAAUUCGUUAGGGAAAAUAUUUGUUUCCUGACCAGGAAAAAUCUGUGCCCUAGACAGAUCACAUGAUCUGGAAAAACUCCAGUUACAGUUGUAAACAUUGACGGCCCCAGUCAAGGCCCACUGCUAAAUUGACUGCAAAUACUUUUGUUUUCUCUAGGCCACCUUUGCAUUCUCCCUCAUCAAGUACACCCCUCUGAAGUACAACAAUGAGUAUGUGUACCCCUGGUGGGGCUAUGUGAUAGGCUGGCUCCUGGCUCUUGCCUCCAUGGUCUGCAUCCCUCUCUGGAUUAUCUACAAACUCGCCACCACAGAAGGAACACUCAGA